GAUGUUUCUGUUGGCUUUUGUCCGUCGACUGGUCAUAGGAUGGGGAAAAUCGUUUGAGGCUGACUUCCGAGACUUUGCCUUGGAAACCAUUCGUCAGGUUUAGCAUGCGUGCGUGUGUGGUGACGGACGGAGGUCGUGCCUCCAUAAAGACUCGCAACCUGUUGCCGAUCUCUUAGUCGCAGAUCCUCGCUCGGAUAGAUUCAUUUUCCCCUUCCUCUUCCCCUUGCUCCCGUUUUCCCCCUCUUCAGAUUUCCUUCUUCCCCGCCUCCCUCCUUCUCGCCCUCGGGUAAGAAUUGUUUUUGGUACCUUCGUUUGAUUCUCACGAUCCUACGAUAGCUCCUCACUCGUUCCGGAGCCAUCUCACUUUCGCUCACCAACCUCCACACACACACACACGCAUAUAUCUACACACUCGUUGCACUCGGUGACGGCUCAAUCUACUUUUUGAUUCGUUACGAAUUUAUCAUGAAAGGAUUUAUGGCUACUCUCGCAGCUACGGUCGGCUUGCUAUUUUCUGGAAUUGUAUCUUCCAAAAUCACCGAGCCGGUUACCGUUAAAGGAAAUGCCUUUUUCGUUGGAGAUAAACGGGUAAGUUGCCUAGCUAGCCCUUAGGAGUCCAUACCCUCUGAGAAUCUCACCACCGGUUCUAAUGUCACCCCAAUCGAACUAGUUUUACAUCCGUGGUGUAGACUACCAGCCCGGCGGUUCUUCCAACCUAGCUGAUCCACUUUCGAACAUCACUGUUUGCAAGCGGGACAUAACUUACAUGAAGGACUUGGGAUUGAACACAAUCCGCGUUUGUAAGUGCUUUUUCCAAGUGUUCAAUUAAUUCUCCCCUGAUGAGAGUUUGCUUGUUUUGCUAAGGCUAGAUUUAGACACUAGCGACAAUUCCGCCAAUCAUGAUGAAUGCAUGGAUCUCUUGUCCGAGGCUGGAAUCUACCUCAUCUUGGUGGGUUAAACGCCAGUUUUCCCAUAAGGUCUAAAUCACAAUUAACAGACUUCAGGAUGUCAAUACACCCAGAUUUUCCAUCAGCCGCGAUUUUCCAGUAGCUUCGUACAAUGAAGUAUACCUUCAGCAUGUCUUCGCUACCGUUGAUGUGUUCUCCAAAUAUACCAACACUCUCGGUUUUUUUGCCGCCAACGAGGUGAUUAACGCAGCGAAUAGUACUCGUGCUGCAGCCGUUGUCAAAGCGCUCAUCCGAGAUAUGAGGAAAUACAUUUCAAAGCAUUCAGAUAGGCCAAUUCCGGUUGGAUAUAGUGCUGCAGAUGUUGCGGAAAACCGGAGGGAGAUGGCGCAUUAUCUGAACUGUGGACCAGACAGUGCCAGGUCUGAUUUCUUUGCGGUAAGAGUUUUUUCCCUCUAGCAACAUUGAGGAAACGCCUAACAGGGAUGUAGUUCAACGACUAUUCCUGGUGUGGGCCCUCCAGCUUUGUCCAAUCUGGAUGGGAUAAGAAGGUAAUCGAUUGUUUGACUGAAAGAAGGAUUUUGCUCAGUAGUAACCUAGGUUGAAAAUUACACCGGCUACUCUAUUCCACUCUUUCUAUCGGAGUUUGGAUGUAUCGAUGUCAAACCCCGCACAUUUAACGAGGUUAAAGCUCUGUACAGCACUCAGAUGACUGGCGUAUUCUCCGGUGGCCUUGUCUACGAAUUCACCCAGGAGCCCAACAAUUACGGUCUCGUUCAGAUUGAUAGUGACAACGUUACCACAUUGGCCGAUUACGAUAGCCUUAAGAGGCAAUAUUCGUCUACCAACAAUCCGCCCGGAGAUGGUGGCUACCAGAAAAAUCUGCCCCCAAGCGACUGCCCGGAGAGGACCUCUUUGUGGGAAGCCUCUAAUACCCUGCCUGAUCUUCCCAGUGCAGCGUCUAUCUAUAUGGUUGUUGUCUCUCAUUCCUCCUCUCUCAACGAGUACCGCUGAUGCCUGUUAGGACAAUGGUGCUGGUAAGCCGAAAGGGACUAAUGGCGCUAGUAGUCAGUUUGUGCCUCAGAACCGGAAGGACUAUAACCUCCCCGGUGAAUCAGGUGCGCCAGCUCCCUCAUCAAGCGCGAGUGCAGACGAAAGCGACCAGGGUGCUGCUGCAGAAGGAAUGGCUGGGUUGGCUGUCGGAGGUCUGUGGAUGGGAGUUGUUGCGGGGUUGGGAGCGAUUGCUGGCACUAUGCUACUCUUUUAAAGGUAAAGUUAUAAAGAAUCGGGGAAAACUUCUAUGUAUAUAUUACCUGCACAUGUGUAUUCUUCUUUUUAUUUUUUUUCUUUCGCACUUUCGAGAUCCGGUAGGAUGGUAUGGCACAUGGGAAACAUGAUGAUAGGCUACAAGCCGUCAUGUGUAAUGUUGAUGUUCCGUUUGCUUUUGGUCUUCCGGGUGUAGAUAUGGUUCGCUCCAGUGAUCGGCUUGAAUGAAUGAAUGAAAUGAUUUCGAAGGACAGUAAACCUUAUUCCGAGGGUUUCACCAAUGAAAUUCUUCAACGUCAGCGCAACAAUGGGAGUGGUAACUUAUGAGACCACUCGAAAUUACUCAUUGACCAGGUGUUUGUGUAAGUCUACCCCUGCUUCAUUGCGCGGGUUCGGGGGGCACGUAUGCACCGUUCGGGAGAGCCAUCAGAGGCUUGUAUAACCUAACACUUCUCCACCCACCAUAAUGCUGUGAAAGCGUUACUCUAUGCGCGGCUCCUCGAUCACGCUUAGCCCAAAUCUAGGAAACUUUCUCGGGAUUUAGCACACAAGUGUGCAGCAAAGGACUCAUGCCGCCAGAUAUGGGACACUUUGUCGGUCAUCAGGAAUCCUUUCAGAAACACCGUUCCAAGGUGUCUGCAUCGAGUGAUUUAGAGUGACCGAAUACGGGGGUCUACAGGUGGUUGCCCGCAUAAUAUAAUACGGUACCGCAGGAGAUCUCGCAGGGGGCCGAGAAGGGGCGCUGCUAUCGACAAGGACUGCGGAUAGAAAGAGAACGGCUUUGAGCACCGCACUCAACACCCAAUGUACGCGUCCCCCCAUAAGUAAAUUAUGAUAGCUGGAGCACUCCGGUGGUAGCCAAUGCUGUGGCAGCUGGCGUACCGUACCCGAUAUUUCUAGUGGGUUACGGGGAUCGUUGGGGGCGGGUUUUGCGGGUUUUCCACGGUUAUGGUGAUUGCAGGCUAUGGUUUGUUUGUUUGUUUGUUUGUAUGUAUGUGUGUGU